UAUCGUGUGUCGCGUGCAUAUGCGUUUCACUGCAUUUGAAAAUUAAAACAGUUAAAAACUGAAAAUAUUUUGAGUGACAAUUGUGCUAUAGUGCAAUUCUAUUCACGCAGUUCUUAAAAAAAUCAGAUGGAGAAUCAGCUUUAAAGUGUCACAAGCAAUGAACCGCUGGAAAAUAUUGGUGGCCGGUUAUACCAAGGAACGGUAUAGAUUGAAGACAUACGUUCCUUCGGGAUCCGCAGCACAAAAGGCUCCUACAGUUGAAUGGCCAUAUUUCAACGAUUUAAAUUUUCUACAAAAAACUAUAGAUCAUAUGGGUUACGUCGAAACUUUCCAUAAAGCACCACCUCAUCCAUAUCAAGAAGUGAAAGAGGUGGAAGUAGAAGAAAUGGCACGUGAAGAAGAAGAUAUAUUCUCCUCAUUUCCUAUUCCUCAAAUAUCUACUUCUGAAAUACCCACUGUUAGAAUGCCUUCUGCUUCUUCAUCCGAAGAUAAUUUAUCGGGAAAAAGAAGAUAAUAAGAAGGGAAAGACUUCUAGUGCUGAUGGAUGUGAGGAAGCACAUCUUCAAAAACAAGAAAUGGCUAUGCUACAACGAAUUAAAAAAAUUAAUUGAAAAAUAAAUAUCAACAAAUAUUGUUUUUUCGGUUCUCAAAUAAAGUCUUCAAUUUAUAUUCUUUA